UUUCAAAGCACACAAAGACAGCAAAAAAAAGAAACAUGGUCACAUGUCUUGUCGUGCUCUUAGUUCUGGUCCAGUGGUCCUGGGCUCAGGAAGACCCUCUUCUGCCUUUCUCUGAACACCUGGACCUCGAGCACAAGGUGCAGCUGAAGUGGGGAUUUGAUGAGAUCCGGGGCACCAUCUUGUUCGAGCUCACGGUCAACACCAGCGGCUGGGUCGGUUUCGGCUUCAGCCCCAAAGGAGGAAUGACUGGAGCCGACGUCGUGAUUGGAGGAGUUGGACCCAAAGGAAGUUAUUUCACGGACCGUCAUGCUGUGGGGAAAUCAAUUCCUUUGGUUGACAAGCAACAAAACUACAAACUUUUGUCUCUCACCAAUUCUGAUGGGAAAACAGUGAUGAAGUUUCAGAGGUCCAUCAGUUCCUGUGAUGAAAACGAUUUACCCAUCACUGAUCUCCCCAUGAAGCUGAUCUACGCGUACGGAGACACUGAUGAAAUCGCGUACCACAGCAACCGAAGAGGCACAAAGGAGCUGAACCUGUUGAAGUACAUGCCUCAGUCCAACCCUCCAAACAAGAAGUAUUUCGACAUGACUAUGAUCAAUUUCACUGUGCCGGCCAACCAAACCCACUAUCACUGCAAGAUCAUGAAAGCACCGACUUUUCACAGCAAACAGCACAUUUAUCGCAUUGAGCCGGUGAUCACAAACUUCGACCUCGUGCAUCACCUGCUGCUGUACCGCUGUCCUCCGAGCGUGACGUCUGAGUCGUUUGAGGCGGAGUGUUAUUCUGGGGUGGACGAAGAGUGUAUGGAGGCUGUAGCUGUGUGGGGAGUUGGUGGAGGGGAUUUUGAAUUUCCUGAGGUGGCAGGACUUCCAGUUGGAGGAAAUGUUGGAGAGUUUCUCUACAGGCUUGAAGUGCAUUACAACAACCCAAAUAAAAGUGCAGGUCGAGUCGAUAGCUCAGGUCUGCGGUUCUAUUACACAUCUGAACUCCGUCAGCACGAUGCAGGUGUUUUAGGAACAGGGCUUGCGGUGGCCCUGCCAUACGCCAUCCCACCCAAAGCCAAAUCCUUCCUCACGUACGGUCUGUGUGACACGGCUUAUAUUCCAAAGGUUCUGGAGACGUCAAAUGAUCUUCAGGUGUUCUCCGUGAUGCUGCACACACACUUAGCUGGGAGAAAGGUGCAAGUCGGACACUUCAGAGGAGAUAAACAGAUCGAUUUUCUAGCUGUGGAUGAAAACUAUGAUUUUGAAUAUCAGGAAAUAACCAAUUUGGGUAAAAUUAAGACCGUAAAAUUGGGUGACAAAUUGCUGGUGGAGUGCACUUAUAACACUGAAAACCGCAGCACACUCACAUGGGGGGGGCUCUCAACUUCAGAUGAGAUGUGUUUGGCCUUCGUCUUCUACUAUCCAGCUAUGAAUCUGAGCACCUGUGUGAGCUUCCCUAAUACAACCACUUUAAUAUCUGAGAUGGGAGCAAAAGAUCCAGAUACUUGGUUCAAAAUGAUGUCCACAAAGACUUGGACUGACACGUCUAUUAAUCAGUACCAACAAACACUGAAGAGAAUCGACCAGCUCGUCAUAGUCAUGAACUCGAACAACAACAUAUCGAUCAACACCGGGCUGAUUCCUGACCUCAAAGCCAUCCCAUCUGCACCCUGCAUGAACAGCAGUGCCACCAAAAGUCUUGCUUUACUAUCGCUUCUCCUCUGCUGGGCAGUGCAGUGGGCAUCCUUUUGAAACAUUCAUGCAAAAUAGAACUGAUGUAACUGUCAUUGUCUAAAUAAAUGUCAAUAACUUUACAAUUUUAGACUUUACACUAGCUUUAAUUGCCUUUUUGCACUCUACAAUAUAACAACCUUUAAAUAAUCUUAAAGAAUUAACUCGACAGCAUGAUUCAGAAUGAUUUUCCUUGAAUUAUAAUUAUAAUUUUAAAGAACAAAAGAGCA